AUGGAUGAGACCAACCGUCGUCUGCCAAGUAAUAGUGAGCAGACCAAGGGUUUACCCCUGGAACGAAUCCCUCAGAACCCGGUGUUUUGCUCUAUUCUAUCGCGUUUAGACACUCCAUUAGGACAACCAGCAAGAAUCAUCGAACCACUUCAGUCCUCAGGAUUCAAAAAGUACUUGGUUCCGACUUCGGAAGGUAUGAAUGCGUCGCGCGGAAUCAGCUUGGGGAGUCUCGAGGAUCCAUCGUCCUCAAAGACCUCGGUGUCGCUUUUGCCGUGGUCUCGCUCGGGCAGAAGCCGAGAUCCCCACAAUUCCUCGCUAGGCCUGCCCCUAAUGACAUCAAUCGAUUUUGGCAAAAUGACUCGCGAACCUGAUCCAGCUUCCUGGGGUACGACAAUCGUUGUGCCCGGAAGCCACGUUAACGAGGGCAAAGUCGUGUUCAUCGGUCGAAGGAACAAGAGUCGGCAUGCAGACGGUAUGCACAUGACCGUGUCCCUUCCCCCCGUUGCACACACCAACGUAAGAACGCCCCGAAAUACGGACGCCACGACACAUGGGCGAUUCGACGACUCGAAUGGCAUUGCUCCUAAGAUUUACGAAGACGGAGAAAAUUUGUAUUAUGCGAAACCUCUGAAAAUUAUUUAA